UCGUGACGUUCCCAUCUCCAAAGCUACCGUAACCGAACCCUCUCUCUCUCAACAUAUUUUAUACAAUACAAUACCCAGAUAAUCAGAACAAUAAUAUCCCAAGUUAUUUCUAGCUACAGGUCUAUUGUCUCUCUCUCUCUCUCUCUCUCUCUAGUCUCUAUGUCUCUCCUUUUCUCUCCCCCUUUGCUUCUUCUCCAAACCGAAGGCAGAGCACAGAAAAAUCACUAAUAAUGGUUAAUGAUUCUCAAGUCCAACAACCCAGAGCCCUUCCUUCAAUCCGACUCUACUGAAGAAGUAUUCGAAUCCAAAUUAUCAGUUCCUCUACGGCCCUUUUCAGUGCCAGCGAUGACGGAAGUUCUCCGCUCUCCAACUCAUUUCCCUUCUUCUCCAAGCUCUUUAUCCUGUGUGCCCACACCCAAUGAUGGCGUACGGUCGACCCAUCCCCGUUCUCGUUCACGCUCCCGCUCCCUGCCCCUUAUUAGGAAUUCUACCUCAUCUUCCGUAGUUGAGGACGAGGCUGACCGAGGUUACUGCACACAAGAAGAAGAAUACGGCGACGAAGACGAAGACGAAAGCGGGGAGCGAAGAGGGAGAGAAAGAGACAAAGAGGGAGAUCAACUGUCUCUGUUGGCUCUCUUGAUCACUGUAUUUAGGAAGUCCCUUGUGGCUUGUAGGACUACUGAGAGAAAGGAGCUUUGUUCAAUGGAGAUUGGAUGGCCGACCAACGUGCGCCAUGUUGCCCAUGUCACAUUUGAUCGCUUUAAUGGGUUCCUUGGCUUGCCCGUCGAGUUCGAACCUGAAGUUCCGAGGAGGGCUCCCAGUGCCAGUCAAAAUGUUUUUGGAGUUUCCACGGAUUCUAUGCAGAUGUCUUUUGAUUCUAGAGGGAAUAGUGUGCCAACAAUUCUUCUCCUGCUGCAGAGACGCUUGUAUGCUCAGGGAGGUCUACAGGCUGAAGGGAUUUUCAGAAUUAAUGCAGAGAACAGUCAAGAGGAAUAUGUCAGAGACCAACUGAACCGGGGAAUAGUGCCAGAUGGGAUUGAUGUCCACUGUCUGGCAGGUCUUAUUAAGGCUUGGUUUAGAGAACUUCCAACUGGGGUGCUGGAUUCUCUCUCACCUGAGCAAGUAAUGAAUUGCCAAUCUGAAGAGGAAUGUGCUCAACUUGUCCGGCUCCUUCCGCCAAUAGAAUCUGCUCUGCUGGAUUGGGCCAUCAACCUGAUGGCUGAUGUUGUCCAAGAGGAACAUCUAAACAAGAUGAAUGCACGAAAUGUUGCAAUGGUCUUUGCCCCAAACAUGACUCAGAUGGCAGAUCCUUUGACUGCAUUGAUGUAUGCGGUGCAAGUUAUGAACUUCCUGAAGACACUGAUCAUCAGGAUGCUCAAAGAAAGAGGGGACUUGAUCGUGGAGACAGAUUCUGCUACCCGCCUAGAGCCAUCUGAUGAGAAUGGUCAUCACAGCCCAUCACAGCUAUGCCUGGAGGAUCCAAACUAUGUCAAAGAAGAGACAGAGAAUAUCUUUAUUGCUGAUGAACCUGUUUUAGAAACUCCCCCAGACUCUACUGAAGAAGAUUCAAUGACCAAUGGUGGAGUUUGUAGUUUUCAAACAACUGUUGAGAAUAUCACUUCAGAUGGAAAUGGAUCUUCUGUUAAUUGCCGCUGUGAGGUUCUAGGCCGACUUGAAUCUACAAAUAAACAAGAGACAGGUGAAGUUAACAAUCUAAGGGGUGUGGGUCAAGCUAAUGCUUGCAAGAACAAAACUAGUCAAUCAAGUAGUUCAAGUCUCAGAAAAGGGUCCAGAAGGUUUAAUGGGCAGUCGGUGGUUCGGGUAGCUGGAGCAGUUGAGAAGUCGAAGGGCAUCAGCAUUAUCAGCCGCAUAAACUCAAGGACAGAGCGGGUUGAAGCAUGGCGGUGAAGGAGGUGUUUUUCAUUCUGGGGACCCAACCGAUGUGGUUGAUUUGAGUUUGUUUCAUUUGGAUAUUAAAAUGUAACUUGUUUGUGUAUGGUUCAUGUAUGUUUUAUUUGUUUCUGGUGUAGUUUCUCAACACACUUCCAUGCCAUGCCCACACUAACAUUUCUUUGUUUGCUGAAACUACAAUCCACAUGUGGGGUGGAGCCCACCGAUGGUUUUCAUGCUUCCAUCAUCA